AAACCCGUGGACCGUGGUGGAUAUACACAGGUUUGCCGCCUUCAAUUUCAGAUCUGUCAAGUGGCGCCAGUUUUGCCUUUCGUCGCCGCAACUCAAAAAAAUGACGACCGCAAUGGGACCGCCACCUCCUAGAAACCCUAACUCUAACUCUAACACUUCCUCCACCGCCGCAGAAUCCGAAACCCAGAGUGAACCUCAGAACAGUUCAACAACAACAGUGGAAACUCCUGUGGAGCCACCGCCAACAACAACUGACCUUCCCGAAGAGCAACUCACUGACGAUAACAAUGCGGCGCCGCUAAAAGAACGGACCGUGAAUCAAACUUCUUCUACAGUACCGUACAAAAUCCCUGAAUGGAGUGGACCUCCUUGUUAUAAUUAUAACCUCGAGGUUCUUAAGGAUGGCUCAGUUAUUGAUCAAUUAAAUGUGUUUGAGAAAGGAGCUUACAUGUUUGGCCGUGUUGAUCUUUGUGAUUUUGUUCUUGAGCAUCCUACUAUCUCUCGAUUUCAUGCUGUUCUUCAGUUCAAAAGAAGUGGAGAUGCUUAUCUUUUUGACCUCAACAGUACUCAUGGUACUUUCAUUAACAAGUCUCAGGUUGAAAAACGGGUUUAUGUGGAAUUGCAUGUUGGUGAUGUUAUUCGAUUUGGCCAAUCAUCUCGAUUGUACCUUUUCCAAGGACCAACUGCACUGAUGCCACCGGAGAAAGACUUGAAGCUUCGUAGAGAAGCUAAGGUCAGACAGGAGAUGAUCGAUCGAGAAUUGUCACUUCGACGGGCAAGGGCGGAAUCAUCUCUUGCUGAUGGCAUCUCAUGGGGCAUGGGAGAAGAUGCUAUUGAAGAAGUUGAGGACGAGAGCGAUGAAAUUACCUGGCAAACCUACAAGGGGAAACUUACAGAGAAGCAGGAGAAGACUCGUGAUAAAAUAGUCAAACGAACUGAAAAGAUUGCUCAUAUGAAGAAAGAAAUAGAUGCUAUUCGUGCUAAAGACAUUGCACAAGGUGGGUUGACCCAAGGGCAGCAAACUCAAAUUGCUCGUAAUGAACAAAGAAUAACACAGAUCUUGGAAGAACUAGAAAACUUGGAAGAGACGUUAAAUGAUAGUAUCCUGGAAAGUCUUGGUGCUCGUGGUGGGAGGACAUCUACUGGCAUGGGGAAAGGGGCAAGAGAAGAUGAUGUAGAUUAUAUGAGUGAUGAUGAUGACUUCUAUGACCGGACAAAAAAACCUUCAAAACAAAAGGUAGGUGAAAAUCAAUCAGUUGAGACAGCCGACACUCUUCUUGAUAAGAGAGAUGCCAUUCUGAAGGAAAUGGAAGACAAAAGGGAUGAACUUUUGACUGAGAAGAAUAAAAUGGCAUCUGAAACUGCUUCAGGAGGAGAUGCGCUUGAUGCGUACAUGUCAGGGCUUUCCUCUCAAUUAGUUCUUGAUAAAACAUUGCAUUUUGAGAAAGAGUUGGCGUCUCUUCAGUCUGAACUUGAUAGAAUCUUCUUCCUGUUAAAGAUUGCUGACCCGUCAGGAGAAGCUGUUAAGAAAAGAGAUUUAAGAGUAAAUCAACCAAAAUCCAGUACAGUUGAAGCACCUGCCAGUAGUGCUAAAAAGCAACCAACUCCAAAAUCAAAGAAAAGCAGCGGGGUAGAAAAAUCAGUAGGUCCAUCUAUGGAGAAGGAGAGAACUAUAGAUUCCAUGGUUGCUGCUCUAGAAUCGAACAAUGAGCCAAAAGCUGACAAAAGCGCAGUGGAUGCCCCUGAGCUUAAACAUGCUGUGUAUACCCCUGAAGAGCCUCAAUGGCUUGGUGCAGUGGAUCGUAAGGAAGUGAAAGAGACUAAACAAGAAGUUCUGAUUAUAGAUGAUGCAGAUCAAUUUGUUGAUUAUAAAGACAGGCAAAAAGUCCUUCUUAGUGUUGAUGGUCCACAGGAUAAGAUAGAUUCAGGGAUUGAAAAUGCUGCUCCCGGACUGAUAAUAAGGAAGCCGAAAGAAACCGAGAGACCUGGAGUUAACGAGGGGGAUCAGAUUGCAGCAUCUUCUGUAGAAUCCAAGUUUGAUGCAGAAGAUGUCGUAGCAUUGUUAUUGAAGCAUAAAAGAGGCUAUCAUCCGGACAAUGAGGAAGGAGGGCAUGAAAGACAAGAGAUUGACAAAGGUCAGCGUAAUAAUGAAAGCAAAAAACAAAAAAGAGUUAUUGGCCCGGAGAAACCAUCAUUUAUUAAUAGCAAUUCAGAGUAUGAAUCUUGGGUGCCUCCUGAAGGCCAAACAGGCGAUGGGCGGACCUCUCUAAAUGAUCGUUUUGGGUAUUGAAUUUCCAUGCUCGGCUUGUCAUGAAAUCGCACCCUAAGUGGUCUGGAUGAAUGUCUAGAAGGGAAUGGGCACCCAGUGCAUCGGAACACUCCCAAAGCACCAUAGAAAUGGCUGAAAGCUGGUUGGUGUUAAAGUCCCUUGAUGAAUUUGGUGAACUUGUUUACUUAGAAACAUUUAGGUGAAGAUGUUUUGUCAAGAAGCAUACUUGAAUGAAGAAAUUUCCAUGGAGAAUCAAGCAUCACGAAGAAGUGUUUAUUACAUGUAUGUACAGAUAAUCAAACAAUAUGCUUCACCCUUUCGAACUGAUAUAUGACAACUUUACUAAUUUUAUUUA